UGGGAUUUAUUAACUAUUCUACAAGGAAAAGAGCAGUGGUGAUCCAGGUACCUUAUACCAGCUCAGAAACUUGAUAAACAGAAGAGAUGUCACAGGACCAGAUGCUGUAACCACAGCUUAUAGAUCUCACUACCAUUUUGUCCAGGAUGUUUUAGAAGGAUACAUUGUUGCAGCAUUCUUGACAUUGAGUGGUCUCAAAGACAUUGAUGACACAAAUUGCAUAGGAUUUCCAGUUUUUUCCUUUAUGAGUAGUGAAGAGCAGCUGCAGUGGAUUUUAACACAAGCUGAUGCUGUGAUGACCAAUUUAGGUAUAGAUGAAACAGAGGCUGUAGUGAAGCUUAGAGACAACUUUCAUCAUUUAGAUCAAGAUAUGCAAAACAUUCAUCAGAUGAAAAGUCCUGGUGGAUUUACUUGUUUCUGUGGGAAACAUUAUAAGACUGAAGGACAUUUUCGGCGGCAUUUGUGCAAAGUUCAUAAAUGGAAGUUUCAUGUACCUCCUAAAACAGAGAGUUUGGGUGAUGCAGUAUCUUGUUUUCUGAGGAUGGCAUGCCUAUUAUUUGACACAAAUGAUGCAUACAAGAUGGCAGAUGGAGAAAGAUGCACACGAAAUGCAAAAUUGGAGUGGUUAUAUGCAUCAGCAACAAAACAUUACAAGUAUCAGCUUUGGUUAUGGAGAAUGGUUUCCUACACUAUUGCUUUAUUGUCGCCACGUGAAAGCUUUGAAUACAAAUGGAACAUUAGCACAAAUCUAGUUGGUGGAGUUGACAAAAACAUUCCCAACGAUAAUUGUGUGGAACUUCAAGUCAAGACCAUAAAGAACCAGCUCAAGACUCAGGGAGCUAACAAAAGUUUCAACUCGGCAAGAGUUAUUACUCUAACAACUCAAGUUCUUGAUGAUGUGAAAAUGAAUGUUAUGAAAGAAAAUAAUACCCUUCAUUCAUCACGAGUUAGGCCAGGUGUGGAUAAGCGCACUGAUAUUAUGGCUAUUGCGAACUGUAUAUUAAGUAUGUGCAGUGGACAGGUGACUGACCUCGAAUGGAAAAGUUUUGUGAAAUUCAAAAAACCUCUUGAAUCAAUUGACGCUGUAAAACUGUACCAGUGGAUUGAUGAAAACAAGAUUAUUUCUAAUAACACUAUGUUAAAUUAA